AUGUGUGUAGCUGCUAGACCUGCUGCUUCCAUGAGAGCUCGCACCUUUGCCACUGUCAACCGUGCUGCUGUUUCCAGUGCUUCUCGUCACGGCAUGACUGUCUGUGCUGCUGUCACUGCUGGUGCUCUUUCCUAUGCUUAUUUCCAAAGCAAGGAGCCCGUCUCUGCUGAUGCCAAGCCUAUUGCUGGUGUCAAGGGCACUCUGACCGAACGUACUUUUAUCGCCAUCAAGCCCGACGGUGUCCAACGUGGAUUAGUCGGUAAGAUCAUCUCUCGUUUUGAAGAACGUGGAUAUAAGCUCGUUGGCUUGAAGGCCAUUGUUCCUCCUAGAGAAUUGGCUGAAAAGCAUUAUGAAGAUCUUAGCUCACGUCCCUUCUUCAAGGGCCUUGUUGAUUACAUGACCAGCGGUACUCCUGUCAUUGCUAUGGUUUGGGAAGGUAAGGAUGUCGUCAAACAAGGUCGUGCCAUGAUUGGCGCCACCAACCCUCUUGAAUCCGCUCCUGGUACUAUCCGUGGUCAAUACGCUAUCUCUGUUGGCCGUAACAUCAUCCAUGGCUCUGACUCCUUUGAAUCUGCUGAAAAGGAAAUCAGCUUAUGGUUCGGUAAGGCCGGUGAACUUGUUGACUGGACUCCUGCCAACGCUGAAUGGGUUCAAUCUGAUAACUAA